AUUAUACUUAUUUUAUUUCUAAAAAUAUGAUUAUUAUUGAUUGAAAUACAAAUUUUUGCAACUUUUAUAGUCUGUGACAAAAAAUUCUGCCCACAGAAUUUAUUUGACAAACAGAAAGAAAACAAUCAUCUCAGCAGUAUAAAAGUUCUUAGUCUCUAGUCGCAACCUUGUUCAUUCAUAAAUCCCUCUUUACAUAGUUCAGUAUAAUAUCGGCACAUGACAUUGGCGAAAUAUAUAAGGAAACCCCAUUAACCAAAAAGAAGAAGAACAUAAAACUAUGUCCUUAAUUAGAGAAAAUGAUCAACGGUCAAACGCAAAAAAACUUUAUAAUUAUUUCGAAGGACAUGAAUGUUAUCUGCCUAAAUACAAAAUAUCAAAUUACGAUAUACCAUAUAAUAAGUUUAGACAUAUCGUUUUAUACUUAAUAGCCAUUAAUAUGGGAGAUAUAAGGGCACGGAAACUCUUCAAGUCGUCUGCAUCAUUGUGUGCUGAAAAAUAUCGACAGUAUGAAUACUUUCCUUGGUCUAUACAUCCCUACAGCAGACUCUGUCUAUGGUUUAAAAUAUUCUAUAUGUUCAUUCUAAUUGUAACGACAUUAGUAAUAGCCCUUCUAUACAGUUCAAGCGAUCCCAAAGACAAUAGCUACUUUCGAUGUAUUCUUCUGUGCACAGAUAUAAUUUACAUAUUUAAUAUAUUAAUUAGCCUGUUCACUGGGUACGUAGAAGGAUAUAGUUGCAAGACUGUAGAAUUAAAUUUAAAGAAGAUAAUGGUGCGAUAUUCCGGGACUUGGUUGCUUUUAGAUAUCAUUUCUAUAAGUAGCAUUAUACCUCAUAUUUUUAAAUAUGACCCCCUAAAACUAGGAUUAAUUCUUGACGCUAUGAGAGUUUUACGUGUACCGAAACAUUAUGUCUACAUUGAAGAUUUUUUGGAGGUAGUUAAUGCUGAGCUGACAGCAGAAAUUAUAUCCGAAGCAACUUUUCUAUUGCUCACAUAUUUGCUUUGGAAUAUUUACUUUCAAUUUGCAAUGGAAUAUAUUAUUGAGGGUACUUACACGCCUCCUUCUCCGCGAAAUUGUUCAUGGAUAACAAUUGGGAAACUUUGGGACAGAUCUUCGACUGUCAGGUUUUUGUAUGCAAUGGACAGAGCUGUUGGUAUGUUAAGAGGGAACGCAAAUCUGAAUUUGCUGGAGGAAGAUGGUUGUUUUGAUAUCUAUUUCAUGAUUGCUUGGUUCAUAUCCAAGGGUCUAAUAUUACACUGUACUUAUAAGUACAUAAUAGCAAUUUUGGGGUCGGAGUCAGCUCGAUCAAAUUAUUUCGUCAUGACCGAACAGGUGAAGAUGUAUUUGAACCAAAGAAAGUUUCCGCCGAGGAUUAAAAAAAAGAUUCUUAAGUUCUACGCCAUAAGGUUCCAUUCGCAUUUUUUUGUGGAAGCUCGUAUGAUGUCUUGUCUGACUGGUCAACUUAAAGAAGACAUCAUCAUGCACACUGGAAAACAAUUGGUGCAGGAUGUGGAGUUCUUGAAACAGCUGCCAAGGCCACUAUUGUUACAGAUCGGCACUAAGUUGCGUGUUGUCAUAUUUAUAGCCGGCGAUAUAAUAAUUAAGAUAAACACAAUAGGGGACUGUCUUUUCUUUAUCUACAAAGGUACGGUAGCCGUUUACUCGGAGUCGGGUAAGGAAGUAUGUCAUUUGGAGGAUGGCGAUUUUUUUGGUGAAAUUGCAUUAAUAACGAAGAAUAGAUUGCGAACAGCAUCCGUUGUAGCGGUUACGAAUUGCGAACUGUUCCAACUGAACAGAGAGGACUUUGAAAGUUCUGUGUCGAGUUAUUCGAGUGUUUACGAGGACUUUAAAAAAAUCGCUACCACGAGGUUGGAGAAAACUACAGUUCUAGACGAACACAACAAAAGCGACAUUAAAAUGAAAGCUAGAAAGAGGGCGGAUAGCGUUAGCUAUCAAUUUUAAUACAUUUUCAUAGGACCAAGAAGAUAAUUUUAAGUUUAAUAACUGUUACUAAUAUUAAAACUCAUAGUGGUUUUAAAUAAAACAAACAUUAUUUUUUUUGUAA